UGGAUCUAGACCCACCUGACAAGAGAACGGAUACAAAACUAGCCAAUCGUCUUCCUUGACCUUGGUUUGCAGGUCUACGUGAACCAGUUGAUGACCAUUUCUGGAAGAUCAUAUAACAGUAAAAAAAUUUCGCACUCCUUUCCCAAGCCAAGAUCGCCAUGAAUGGAAUAGCUUAUGCUCUAACUCAUAUGCCGGAGAAAGCCUAAUUCACGCCACGCGCCUACGAUCCCGCCCUCGCCAGUUUAACCACCAAACCUGCCUUUUUCUCUUUCCUCGCCUUCGAUCUACGAAAUCACUGCAAGGACUGAUCUAUUGACAGGCACCCUCUCGCUGUGCGCGUUGAAUUGCGUUUUGCUACAAUGGCGAGGGUCUGUGCACAAGUGGAAUCAUCUGGAUUUCGAAUCUCAUUGCUGUUGAUUACUCUUUGCGCGAUGGCCUCCGUUUCGGCGAGAUCUGAUCAGGAAAUUAGGGAAAAGUUCUUCGGCGAUCUGUCUCUCAACUUGUCGUCGCCUAACGCCGGUGACGGAAGCAUCGCCAAGAUGUUCGACCGUGUUCUAGAGAAGGAGUUCUCGGAAAAUGACCAGCCCGAAGGUUCUGAUGGAAGCAGUUUCAACAGCAGUGUAGCUGAUCAACAAGCUGAACUGGAAACUGUAGCUAAAAUUACCCAUGAGAAGGGGAAAAAGAAUGAAACUCAGGAGGCGAAUAGUACGAGGGCAUUCCAGUUUCAUGAUGUUUUUUCCCUGGAAAAUGAAGGUUCUGAUGACAUGACAACAUUGAUAGACAAGAAGGAUAACGUAUUUGUGAUGUCAAACAAGAAAUCCAAAUAUCCAAUUCUUCAAGUGGAUUUAAGGCUGAUUUCAGACUUGGUGGUGAUUAUAGUUUCUGCUGCCAUUGGUGGGAUUGUCUUUUCUUGUCUAGGACAACCGGUAAUUGUUGGUUAUCUUCUUGCGGGUUCACUAAUUGGUCCUGGAGGUUUGAAGUUCGUCAGUGAAAUGGUCCAGGUUGAGACUUUUGCUCAGUUUGGUGUGGUCUUCCUUCUAUUUGCUUUGGGAUUGGAGUUUUCUUUGACAAAGUUAAAAGUUGUUGGUCCAGUUGCUGUUCUUGGAGGGCUACUUCAGAUAGCUAUAUUUAUGUCCCUGUGUGGCAUAACUGCUAUGUUAUGUGGAGCAAGGUUAUCAGAGGGUGUAUUUGUUGGUUGUUUCCUUUCUAUGUCGUCAACAGCUGUGGUGGUGAAAUUUCUGGUGGAGCGAAACAGUAAUAAUGCUCUUCAUGGUCAGGUUACAAUUGGGACACUUAUUUUUCAGGAUUGUGCUGUUGGUUUAUUAUUUGCUUUGCUCCCAGUUCUGGGUGGUAAUAGUGGCAUCUUGCAAGGAAUGAUCUCAAUGGGAAAGCUGUUGGUCGUCUUGUCCGUUUAUCUCUCUGUUGCAUCUGUAUUAACUUGGUCAUUUGUUCCUCGCUUUCUAAAGCUGAUGAUACAGCUGUCAUCUCAGACAAAUGAACUUUACCAGCUAGCUGCAGUUGCAUUCUGCUUAUUAUCUGCUUGGUGCAGUGACAAGCUCGGCCUUAGUCUUGAGUUGGGUUCAUUUGUGGCUGGAGUUAUGAUAUCAACCACUGACUUUGCGCAGCAUACUUUAGAUCAGGUGGAACCAAUUCGUAAUCUGUUUGCUGCCCUCUUUCUUUCGAGUAUUGGAAUGCUCAUACAUGUGCAAUUCUUGUGGAGCCACGUCGAUAUAUUACUGGCAUCUGUUAUUCUGGUUAUUGUUGUCAAGACUACCAUUGUUGCUGUUGUUACUAAGGCCUUUGGAUAUAGCACUAGGACAUCAUUUCUUGUUGGAGUAUUGCUUGCUCAGAUUGGAGAAUUUGCUUUUGUUCUCUUAAGUCACGCCACAAAUCUUCAUCUUGUUGAGGGGAAGAUGUACCUCCUCCUCCUUGGAACAACAGCCCUUAGUCUGGUAACAACUCCAGUCCUAUUCAAGUUGAUGCCUGCUAUGAUGCACUUGGGAGUUCUCAUGCAUUGGUUCCCACCAGAGAGCAACAUGCAGAAUGAGGAUAAAGUAGUAAUGAUCGAAGCUAACAGAUUGUUAUGACCAAUGAAGUAAUUGGCGGAGCAGCAGAAGGAUUUAUUAGAUAUAACAGGGAAGUGAAUAUUAGAUGGGUUUUGUAUCAGAGGCCAGCUUCAGCUUCAGCGCGAGAACCUGCAGAUUACACAUCAGUAUUACGUCAGAAACUCAGCUUGGAAUUAAUGCAUGUAAAUAUACAUAUAUACAUACAUACAUUCAUAUAACCUACCAUUGAGAUUACUGUAUGUAAAUAUUGAUUCUUUCCCUCACAAUUGUUUCUGCAGCAAGCAUAUACCCAAUAGCUUUUGUAAGUCCUUAACAUAUGAAAUCCGUAAAAGUUUGAUGCAAAUUCCUUGCAUGCACGCGGUCUUCUCUUU